GACCUGGCUCCUCGUUUCAUCCGGAAACCGGCGGGCCGGCAGGAAAUGACGAAGGCAGAGGUCGUCCAGGUCCGUUCGGCGACCGGGCCCCGCGCGUCCGGCGAGACUCCGGGGGGAAAGAGCCCCGAGCGGAGCAGCCUGGCCGCGUGCCGCCUCCCGAGCCAGCAGCCCCCAUGCCUGCAGGUUACGGGGUGAUGGGGGACGAUGGCUCUAUGGAUUAUAGCGUUCACGAGGCCUGGAACGAAGCCACCAAUGUUUACUUGGUAGUGAUCCUUGUUAGCUUUGUCCUCUUCAUGUAUGCCAAGAGGAAUAAAAGGAAAAUUAUGAGGAUAUUCAGUGUGCCACCUACAGCAGAAACUUUAUCAGAGCCCAGCUUUUAUGACACAAUGAGCAAAAUCCGCUUAAGACAACAACUGGAAAUGUAUUCCAUCUCAAGGAAGUAUGACUAUCAGCAGCCACAAAACCAAGCUGACAGCGUGCAACUCUCGUUGGAAUGAAAUCACAGAAAACGAACAACAUAAGUAAUGGUUCAGCAGUCUGGUAGUAAGCUCCUAAAUAUACUAAAUCAUGGACAGCAUUUUUUUUCCAAACCCUAUGUCCCUAAAAUCACUUCACUUGUCAUUUCUCUCAGUUUUAUUUUUCUUUUCAAAAUUAUAUCGCCAAGUCAUUUAUUAUACCAAAAAAGGGGGAAGGGGAAACAGGAGAGGCACAGACUGUAACCAGGGAUGGUGAUUUUACCUUGUGAAGACCUUUUAUUUCUUCAGGAUACAGUCAGUGAGGAAUAGAAAUACAUCUUUGGAAGUGACACUGGAGAGUAUGCCACUGUGAUUUAAACAUUUUUUUGAAAUUCAAAAAUAAAAAUCCAGUCCUUGGAAGAAUAUCAUCCUCUUCAGUCGUAUUCUGUGAUGAAUGUAAUACAGGUAGUGGACAAAUUUGGGUUCUCACUGCUGUCCUUACUGCGCGUUAAUUGAAUUAACGAUCUUCGCUGCUUCCGAACUUGUGCAGGAGACUGUCUUUUCUACUCUCUGCUAAUUGUGGAAGCUUUCUGUGAUUGGAAUAUUUUCCCUUCAUUGUGUUCCCAGGAACUUGUUUGCUUUUUUUUUUUUUUUUUUAAAUCCCCCAGUUUCAUCCCAUCA